CCGCGCUCCGCCUCCCGCCCCGGCGGCUCCCGCAGCCCCGCCGCCCGCGCCCCGGAGCCGCGCCACAAAGGGCCCGCGCGCAGCCGCCGCCGCUGCGCGAGGAGCCAGGAUGGUCCUGGUCCACGUCGGCUAUCUCGUGCUUCCAGUGUUUGGCUCUGUGCGAAACAGAGGUGCCCCCUUUCAAAGGUCUCAGCAUCCUCACGCUACCUCCUGCCGCCACUUCCACCUGGGGCCGCCGCAGCCGCAGCAGCUAGCCCCGGACUUCCCGCUGGCCCACCCCGUGCAGUCGCAGCCGGGCCUCAGCGCCCACAUGGCCCCGGCCCACCAGCACAGUGGCACGCUGCACCAGUCGCUGACCCCGCUGCCCACCCUGCAGUUCCAGGACGUCACAGGUCCCUCCUUCCUACCUCAGGCCCUGCACCAGCAAUACCUGCUGCAGCAGCAGCUCCUGGAAGCUCAGCACCGCAGGCUCGUCUCGCAUCCCAGGCGGAGUCAGGAUCGAGUGUCUGUCCACCCCCACCGCCUUCACCCCAGCUUCGACUUUGGCCACCAACUGCAGACACCUCAGCCCCGGUAUCUGGCUGAGGGCACUGACUGGGAUCUCAGUGUGGACGCCGGCUUGAGUCCUGCCCAGUUCCAGGUGCGACCCAUCCCUCAGCACUAUCAGCAUUACCUAGCGACUCCUCGAAUGCACCACUUCCCCAGAAACUCCUCUUCCACACAGAUGGUUGUCCAUGAAAUUCGAAACUAUCCUUACCCCCAGCUUCACUUCCUCGCUCUCCAGGGACUAAAUCCCAGCCGGCACACCUCUGCUGUUCGGGAGAGCUAUGAGGAGCUGCUGCAGCUCGAGGACAGGCUGGGAAACGUGACCCGAGGCGCUGUACAGAACACUAUUGAGAGAUUCACCUUCCCCCACAAGUAUAAGAAGCGAAGACCCCAGGACAGCAAGGGCAAGAAAGAUGAAGGAGAGGAGUCAGACACAGAUGAGAAAUGCACAAUUUGCCUGUCUAUGUUGGAGGAUGGGGAAGAUGUGAGACGCCUACCUUGUAUGCAUCUCUUCCACCAACUGUGUGUGGACCAGUGGCUCGCCAUGAGCAAGAAAUGCCCCAUCUGCCGAGUGGACAUUGAGACGCAGCUGGGAGCCGACAGCUGAGGGAGGAGCUAGCCAGUGGACCCCCAUUUCCUUCACCAGGUCCCCCCACGGCCAUAGCCCUUGCUGCCAAACUUUGCCUUCUGAGCCAUUUGACGUAGAGAAGAAGCCUGCUAGCACAUUGUGUGGAAAGAGGAGUUGGUAGCGGUGUCUGAGGGAGAGGAGGGAUAGGGUGGGAAGACCCACCCAUCCGGAAUGGUGACUGCCUCAUCGCCUUGCUGUGCAGCGGGGAGGGAGCUGGCCGUGCCCGGAGCAGGGGCGGGAAGGGGGGGCCCAGCUGCUGAGGACUAGAUGUGAUCUCGAGGGUACUAGCUGGCGAUAGCGAUCGAUCGGCCCCUCAGUCCUGUCCUUUGAGGGAUUGUGUAUAUACCUCUUGACCACGUAGAAACCAUGUAGGGGUCUCUAGCUAUUCUGUGGAUGGCAGCCAGAGCAUGUUAGCUUAAGAAAAAUGUCGUGUGUGGUGCUCUCGUCAUCUGUGGUGGACAUGUCGCUAUUACUGAACUCGCACCAAAUAUUUCUCAUUGAGUUUCUUGUUUUGGUGCCUGACCGAACCAAC